GUGAAUAUAAACGACUACGAGAAUGACAGCAGAAGUGCUAAUGAAAAACAUUUACACUUUUGCCAACAUUUUAAGCCAGGCAGAAAGUGACAUUGUUGCCAGAUGGAACCCCACUUCUUUACAGAACGCUCUAAAUUGGGCUGAUUACUGUAUUAAGGUGUAUAAUCAGGUAGCAGAUAAACCAUACAGGUGUCAAAUAGAGAAACAAAUGGCUGCAAUGACACUUCACCUACACCCACCUUCCUGCUUACAGCUCUGUGUAGAAGACCUAGGAAAGGCCAGGCUAAUAAUGGAAAAGACAUUGUUGCAAAAUACACAUCUACCAGAGAAAUUAUUUACCAUGAUCCUCAAACAACAGGAAAAGUCAAAUGCAGAUAACUUGACACAAGAUGGAUGUGAGAAAGCAGCCAGGGAAGUGAAUAAUGUGACUAAGCUAUUGCAGGCCUUACAGACAAAUGAAGAAUCAUUAGGACAAAUAAAGCUAACAUCUGAAGCUACAGCCCUCCUCUCUACACUAAUGGGUCUUACAGAAUGUUCAUCUAAACCUCAAAGAUUUGAAACUUAUGUAUGUAAUUUGCUGACAAGAAUAGCAAAAAAAGCAGGCAAAUUUGAUGUAAUUCUGAAGAUGUUAACUGUAUCACCAUGUGACACUACAUACACAGAUAGUCAGCUUCAUUAUCUUCACAGUAUCAUCAUCAGAUGGCUCUCAGUCCCAAGUAAUGACACAUUCCUGGAUUCUUGUAAAGAAGUCAUCCAAGAGGCAUGCAAAUUUCACACAGACUUCUGCCAUACCUAUUUAAAACACAUUUUACAAUGGGCAAAAAACAUGGAACCAAGUUAUGAUGAGGGAGAUUCAAAUCCUUAUUCAUGGAGAUUCAGAAGCAUUGAUCCCCAAAGGAGAGGUGGUGACAGGGGUAGAACAUUGGAAAGUCUUUGUGAACACAUAAUUAACUUGAUAAAUGUUAACAAACAGUGUCAGAUACUGGUGAAGGAGACACUUCAGACUCAAAAAGAAUCCUCACAUUUCAAUGUGUAUAGGGACAUAGUUAAGAAAAUAGGUCACACUGCUGAAUAAUGAAUUUGAGAUUUAAUAUAAUUAAAAUU